GGGAGGAGAGAGAGAGAGAGAGAGAGAGAAAGGGCGGUUUUGUAACGGCCGCGGAAGGGAGUAUAUCGGUGGCGGUCUCUUCCGUUACGGUUCGGAUCUGACGAUCGUUACAUGCAGAAGAGGGGAGAGAGAAACGUGGAGGUGGGAAUCCGAGACUCGUGGCUUCUGCAAUUAAAUCGCGGGAUUUUCGCUGGCUUUGACUUCGUUGCUUGGGGGAGCUCGAGCUGAUGGAGAAUCGCGGAGGUGCAUUUCUUCACUCUGAUAUUCAUCUAGGUGGAGAUGACUGCGGUGGAGGAUAUUUACACGAGGUGUUAUGGAAGUUGUGCGCGGGACCUCUAGUUGACGUUCCUCGACGUGAUGAUUUUGUAUACUACUUUCCUCAAGGGCACAUGGAACAACUUGAGGCGUCAACAAAUCAGGACUUAAAUCAGAUGAAGCCGCUUUUCGAUCUUCCUGCGAAGAUUCUCUGUCGUGUUAUCAACGUGAUUCUUCAAGUGGAGAAAGACACGGAUGAGGUUUAUUCCCAGAUUACUCUGCUACCAACAGGAACUCAAGUGGAUAAGCCUACGUGUCCUGAUCCAUGUGUUCCUGCACCGCAAAGGCCGACCGUCCACUCUUUCAGCAAGGUUUUAACGGCGUCUGACACCAGCACACAUGGCGGUUUUUCUGUUCUCAGAAGGCAUGCGAAGAAGUGCCUUCCCCCGCUGGAUAUGAGCCAGCCAAACCCAACCCAAGAAUUGGUUGCCCGGGAUCUCCAUGGUUGUGAAUGGAAAUUUAAGCAUGUUUUCAGAGGUCAACCACGGAGGCACCUUUUGACUUCAGGGUGGAGCACCUUUGUCACAUCGAAAAAAUUAGUUGCUGGGGAUACCUUCGUAUGCCUGAGAGAGGAAAAUGGGAAGUUACGUGUUGGGGUAAGCCAUGCUGUUCGGCAACAAAGCAUGCCUUCUUCUAUGAUAUCGGGUCAGAGCAUGCAUUUGGGAGUGCUUGCAACUGCAAGCCAUGCCAUCCAUACCCAAACCAUGUUCACUGUGUUCUAUAAGCCAAGGACUAGUCAGUUCAUUAUCAGCUUGAACAAAUAUCUAGAAGCCAUUAACAACAAGUUUUCUGUUGGGAUGAGGUUUAAGAUGCGGUUUGAGGGGGAGGAUUCCUUACUAAGAAGUUAUUCUGGCACAGUUGUCACCGUUAAUGACUGCUCCCCUCAUUGGAUAGACUCGAAAUGGAGAUGCCUAGAAGUUCAAUGGGAUGAGCCUGCAUUAAUUUCCAGACCUGAUAGGGUUUCUCCAUGGGAGAUCAAGUCUUUUGUGCCUUCUUCAGGAAACGCCGCUCAAUCAGUAACCCUGAAUAACAAACGGCCCUGGCAAGUUAGUGAAGUAUCUGGUUUCGAUUUAGGCUCAGCAACAUCAAACCUCUGGAAUUCCACAUUGACGCACUCCCACGAGCUUAACCAAUCGUGCAUCACCUACCAGACGAGUCCUUCCGAGCAUUGUUACCUGGAUACAACCAAGAAUGCUUAUGAGUGGCUUAUGAACUGUUGUUACCCUGUCCCACCCAGAGAAAUACUGACCGACGACCGAAUGGUUUUCUCAGGAGAGGAGAAGAGACCUGAGGCUGUCAGAUUGUUCGGAAUUGAUCUGGUGAGUAACUCCACUCCAGCGACUCCUGCGGUGGAAAAAACAACACAUGUGCUUCCAAUCCACCCAACCGUUGAAGCCGAGUCAGACCACAAGUCUGAGGUUUCCAAAGUUUCUGAAGAGAAGAAUAAUCGACAAGAACGAAUGCAGGAGGUGGUGUGGCUGAAAGAAGUACAAAGCAAGCAAAACAGGAGCCGUACCAAGGUGAAGAUGCAAGGAGUAGGGGUAGGAAGGGGGGUGGAGUUAAGCGCAAUGGAAGGGUACGAUGAGCUGAUAGAGGAGCUGGAGAGACUGUUUGACAUAAGAGGAGGUGGGCUGAGGGAUGAGUGGGAGAUAGUAUACAUGGAUGAUGAAGGAGACAUGAUGCUCGUUGGCGAUGAUCCAUGGCCUGAGUUCUGCAGCAUGGUGAAGAGGAUAUUCAUAUGCUCAAAGGACGAUGUGAAGAGACUGUCUCCAAUUGUUCUCCUCUGAAGUUGAUGACUCUACGACUCACAUUCCCUCCACCACAUGAAACACACAUAUAUCUAUACCGAUAUAUGUCUAUACAGAUAUAUGUUGUUUGGAUAUGUAAUGUGGCAUGUGUGUGUGUGUGUUAUGGAAAGUACGCGAGUGAAAUGCCAAUAUCCAUACUCGGACA